AUGUCUUCCGCAGACCUGGUAGAAGUUGGGAUUGCAAAUCAGACAACAACGCUUAAGGGGGAAACCGAAGAGAAUGGUCCAUCUGCAGUGAACACAAUAUCUGAUGCAACUCAGCAACAGCAACGAGCGACAAGAGAUGCAAUGUACCAGCUCGUUGAGGAACAGCUAGAUCUUCUGUUAAUCAUUCGCGGGUGGAACUCAAGUAACACCUCUCACCUACAAGAGAUUGCAGAAGAACGUGGAAUUCCCUCUACUGGAUUGACAGAAGAGAAUAGCCACCGGAAACAGAAUAGUUUAUAA